AUGCGGCAGCUGACCGUCGGCGACGUGGUGGCCGGUCCGCUGCGGAGCUUCGGCGGCGUGGAGAAGGUCGGCAACGUCGUGCACACGCUCCGCGCCACGGGGCACCACGCGUUCCCCGUCGUGGACGAGCCGCCCUUCUCGCCGGGGCCGCCGGUGCUCUACGGCCUGGUGCUGCGCGCGCACCUGCUGGUCCUGCUCAAGAAGAGGGAGUUCCUGGCGGCGCCGGAGCGGUGCCACAAGGAGUACGUGGCCGGGAGGUUCCAGGCGGAGGACUUCGACAAGCGCGGGUCCGGGAAGCAGGACACCAUCGCCGACGUGGUGCUGUCGCCGGAGGAGAUGGAGAUGUACGUCGACCUGCACCCCUUCACCAACACGUCGCCGUACACGGUGGUUGAGACCAUGUCACUGGCCAAGGCACUAGUGCUCUUCCGGGAGGUCGGCCUGCGCCAUCUCCUCGUCGUGCCCAAGGCCUGCGACAGGUCGCCGGUGGUCGGCAUCUUGACGAGGCAUGACUUCAUUCCGGAGCACAUCCUGGGGCUGCACCCUGUGCUUCUGAAGAGCAGGUGGAAGAGGCUCCGGUGGCAGAGGGGCGCCGUAGCCAAGUACUUCCGCUCGCUCGUCGAGUGGGUCGCCAACAGCGGCUGA